ACGUCGGCGGAAUGUAGCCCCGUUCUCGCCGAACUGGGAGCUGGUCGGUGACAGAGUGUCAGCCGCACCCCGGAGGGCGGAGGGACGGGGCCAAUCUCUGCCCGUUCAGCAGCUCGUCAGGGGCUGCGGGUGCGGGGGAGGCCGUGACGAAGCUGCCGGCGAAAGGAAAAGGGUGAAGGAAGUGGGGACUGCACCCGGCGCCCCGAACGCCGGGCGGGCGGGCGGGCUGGCUGCAGUGGGAGGAGAAGGGAGGAAAGGAAGGCUGGAUUGGUGCUGGUACCGGGCGAGGGCUGCGACCUGCUCCGUCCGAUAAUACUGCACCAAUCCGCGCUAGUUUACCGUCGGUCGAUCGUGACAGCCCCUUCCUUUCCUCCCUCCCCCUCGGGUAAUCCGUUCAGCUCCGUCUAUCAAUAGCACUGAGGCGAGUCAAACUGGGCUUUACCGUGCCACUGGUAAAUCAUCCGUAACAACAUGAAGAUCAAAGACGCCAAGAAACCCUCAUUCCCCUGGUUUGGAAUGGAUAUUGGUGGGACUCUGGUGAAGCUGGUUUAUUUUGAGCCAAUUGAUAUCACAGCUGAGGAAGAAGAAGAGGAGGUGGAGAGCCUGAAAAGUAUUCGCAAGUAUUUGGUGUCAAAUGUUGCCUAUGGGUCUACGGGCAUCCGAGAUGUGCACCUUGAGCUCAAAGACUUGACGCUUUGUGGUCGCAAAGGAAACCUGCACUUUAUUCGAUUUCCGACGCAUGACCUACCUACCUUCAUUCAGAUGGGGAGAGACAAGAACUUUUCAACACUACACACAGUGCUUUGUGCGACUGGAGGUGGUGCUUAUAAAUUUGAAGAAGAAUUUCGUACGAUUGGUAAUCUGCAGUUACACAAACUGGAUGAACUGGACUGCCUGGUUAAUGGCCUUUUGCACAUUGACUCUCUCAGCUUUAAUGGCCAGGCAGAAUGUUACUACUUUGAGAAUGCCUCUGAUCCUGAGAAAUGCCAGAAGAUGCCUUUCAACCUUGAUGACCCCUACCCUUUGCUCGUGGUGAACAUUGGUUCAGGAGUCAGCAUAUUAGCUGUUUACUCAAAGGACCAUUAUAAAAGAGUAACUGGAACCAGUUUAGGAGGUGGAACCUUCCUGGGCCUCUGCUGUUUGCUUACAGGUUGCGAGACUUUCGAUGAAGCUCUUGAAAUGGCCUCCAAAGGUGACAGCACAAUGGCUGACAAACUAGUCCGGGAUAUCUAUGGAGGGGACUACGAGCGAUUUGGUUUGCCAGGAUGGGCAGUAGCUUCCAGCUUUGGCAACAUGAUUUGCAGAGAGAAACGUGAUCUAGUUAGCAAAGAAGACCUAGCAAGAGCUACCUUGGUCACCAUCACAAACAACAUUGGAUCCAUUGCACGAAUGUGUGCACUGAAUGAGAAAAUAAACAGAGUUGUUUUUGUUGGCAACUUCCUGCGAGUUAAUACACUGUCAAUGAAGCUUCUGGCCUAUGCAUUGGACUACUGGUCAAGGGGACAACUGAAGGCAUUGUUUCUAGAGCAUGAGGGUUACUUUGGAGCAGUAGGUGCACUGCUUGGACUUCUCAAUUCUACUUGAGGUAUUCUACAUCUUACUGGUAACAGAAGAAAUGUGCACAACUGGGAAACAAAUACGUUCUUCCAGGGGUGAAAACCUGGUGAAGAUAUUUGACAAAAUUGAGCCACACUACAGGCUGGUUUAUAUUACUGAAGUAUUCUUUCUACUUGAAUUGUGAAAAAUCAUAGUGUUUUAAUUGGGUCCACUAUAUUGGGCAUUUAAGUGCGGUUUAGUUUUUAAAACAAUGUUGCUAAAUACUUUGUAUUGCCACAUCAGCAUAUAUUAUUUGGGUUUGUCGAUCUAAUCUUGGUUUACUCUUUAACCUAUUCAGGUAGUCUUCAAAGUACCCAUAAACCUAUGCAAAUCAAGGCUUUAUUUAGAAUGAUCAUACCUCAGAUUUAUCUGUUGCUUAAUAGAAAGAUAAGUACUGAUUUGCACAGGUAUUAUGAAGAAAUUGUCUGUAACAAGAUCUUUGAUUGGGUAUCUGCCCAAUGGAUAACAUUAAGAAGUUGCAAGAGUGUUCACCUUGUAAUACAGUGUUUCUUUUGGGACUUUCUUUUAGUAAUAACUCUAGUGAAAAUAUGUACAAAACUUCUUAAUGUUGCCAGAUUCAAUGUCAGCAACUAAAAUGUGACCCCAGGGAGGCCCACCUGAUAUCUCUGUAUGUAUUUGCCGAAAGUGGCUUUUAUUUAUUUUAUAAAGUAGUUGUUAAUUUUAUUUGGAAAAUGUGCAUUUUAUAAGGGAGGGAUGGAAACCUACCUUUGUGAAAUUACUAGAAAUCUUUUGAUCUCUAAAACGCCUUAAGCCUGUAUCAGCAAAAGCUGCACAAUGUAACAUCCUUACAGAAAAUGAGGAAACAUAAACUUAUAUACCUUUUUUUUAACCACAGUUAAAGUUAUACUUUUCGUUGAAGAUCCUGAACAUAAUUUCAUUGCUGGAUAUGGUAUAUCUGACGGUGUGUGGUUCUAUAAACCAUCAGAAUCUGAACAAAUCAUUCUUAAAGUUCUUUGAUGUUAUUUGUUUUAUUAUAUGUGAAUUUUGUAGGGGAUGUUAAUUUAAUGUAUUUUUUCACUGAAAGGUGCAAUAGUCCUAGACUGGUGCCUUCCACAUUGAUAUAUGAUGAUUUCUGACUGAGUGACUGUGACAUGCAAUAAUUGCUGGAGAUGUUGGUAAUCAUUUGACAAUUACAAAAGGAUGUGAGCGGUAUUAAAUGUACUCUGUCCAUGUGUAUUCUUCUAAUUGGCUGCAACUGUCAGUCCUUCACUUGUAUAAUGACUAUGUGCCAAUUGUUCGUCUAGUCUCCACUUUCCACUUGGAUAGAGAAUACUGUCGUUUUAUUCUCAGAAAAAUAGACCACCAGUUUAAAAAAAAUGGCCACAAACUUAACAGUGAAUAGGUAUGUAUAUCACAACCUUUAUUUUCAAGAUUUCUUGUAUCUUCUGUAAUUCUCUGAACUGUAAUCUCAUUAAACUCCACUGAAAGAGGGAAUCCAGUUAAUAGUUAAUAGGAUUGGACCAACUGCUAGAAAGCUCCAAAAUUUGGUCUACAUAUACAGGAGUGCAUACAAAUGAAAAUUAGUAACAAUACAUAACUAAAAAUAUAAGCAGGUAGUGAGUUGAGGCCUGGACCAAUAGAGGCAACUCCAAAUGCAAAACAUUGCUCUUCACAUCUUGGAUAGGAAAUUACCUUAAAUAUUUAGGACGGUUGAAUUUUUGAUGAUCAUUUUUGUCAGCAGCAUUUACACUGUCCAACAUUUGCUGUAGUCCUACUGCAGUUGUUUCGCCAUGUCAGAGCGCAGAUAAUUAACAUAGGCCUGCUCAGCUAAGAAUAGUAGGGUUCAUUCUACAAAGCACAUUUAGGUUUUUAUGACAAUCUGUAUUCUCAUUUGUUUGUACAUUCCUACUUUUUCUUUAAACCAACUCUAAUUCUGAUCCAUCCUGGCGUAACCUUAAUUUGUAUUAUUUAGAUUAUGAAUUUUCAUGUCUGAAUAGUGAUAAAAAUUUCAAUAAUUGAUGUUCACUUUUUUCCUGCAUUCCAGUCAUUAGCAUUUUGGCCAGAACUGCUUGCUGCAAUUUUUUUUUAAUGGCUAAAUUUUAAAUUCUAAUCAUGAGUAGCAAUUUUUUUUAAAAAUGCAUAUUGCAACAAAAACUAAACAUGAGGCUUGUUUUAUUAUUCUGUUUUCAGGCCUUUAUAUUUUAGUUUGAUGUUACCAUUAGCUUCAAAGAGACAGAAAAUUGUACCAUUUAUGUCAAAACAGUUCUUGCAGAUGUUGUUCCUCUAACUUGCUAGGAUUCAAUUGGCUCAAAGUUUUAAGCUCUUAAUUUGAAAAAAGUGUCCCUGCUCGUCUUGCUGAUAUUAAAACAUCCAGAAAGUAUUUCUCUCAUUUGAAGUAGAGAAGUGCCAGAAGUCAAAAGCCAAUUAUGAUACAUAAAGCAAGAAAAUCCAAUCUAGGAGAUCUUAAAAUGGAUUCGUAAAUAUACAAUGAGUCUCUAUAUUGAAAAUUAUGUUGAAUAUUGUGUGUAACCACAACUAAAGUUACCGUCUUUUGAAGUGUCUUGCAACAUUGAAGAAAGUUAUUUCAUCCACUGCCUGCCCUCUCUCUUUUACACGCACAAUCUUGCAAUUUUCUUCCUGUUGAUUCCCAUGUUGAAAGGUAUUAUGGAAUUUGCUUCUAAACCUCAUUUGCAGUGCAUUCCUGUUUAUGACAGCCAGCCUUCUGGCAAUCCAGCUAUAAACAUUUACUCCUUAAAGUGUAGAUUUGUUUUCUUCUCUUGAUGAUUGUACUCCUGUAGCAUAGCAAAAUAUGCAUUGCCACAUUGAAAACAUGAUGUGGUAGAGAUUCAGUUGCAGAUGUAUCCUUAGCCUGGUAGCACUGUGGCUCUUUCCCCAACUGUACUUAAUGAACAGAUGUGGUAUACAAAACCAUAAGACAUAGGAGCAGAAUUAGGCUAAUAUGACCCAUUCCAUCAUUACAAAAUUUAUUAUUGCUCUCAGCCUUCUCCCCAUAACCUUUGAUGCCCUUACAAUCAGGAACCUAUCAUCCUCCACUUUAAAUAUACCCAGUGAAUUGGCCUCUAUAGCCAUACCAUAUACAAUGCACAGUGUAUUCAUUACAAAGUCUGGUUGGUGCAAAUUAAAAUCUAACUUCAAAUUCAGUUGCGGCUAUGAAAUAUGUGCAGUUACUGUAAAAAUUCAACCUCUACUGUUGUUUCCAAUGGGUGAUACCAUAGUUUAGUGCAUCUAAUGUACCCCAAAAGCCAUUACAUCUGUGUGCUUUAGGAUAAACAUCAGGCUUAUGAAAAGGAAAGAAUACUGCAGUUGAGUCAACAUUUUCGUGACUUUGUACAAUUUGUACUCAUCCAUGGAGAGAAUGCACUUUCUGGCUACCCCACUUAUUUAUAAUUAGUUACAUUUUACAUAGUAAAAAUUGCAGACGGUACCAAACGGUUGUUCACAAGAAGGUUUCGGGCAGAAUAUUGGGGCAUGGGCACCAGUUAGGCACGCCUUCCAACGAUGGGGGCAAAGUCACUGAGGAUGAGUAACAAGCCAGAAAGAGGGAAAUAUAGAGUUCUUGAAGAAGUACAUCGUUGGAGGAAGUAACAGAAAUAGGGAGAGGUAAUUCUUAACAGAGGGUUAGAACUUUAAAACUGAGAAGCUAGUAGUAUGCCAACCAACGUUGAUCAGUGAGACUGGUAAAUUAUGAUAUCUUUUGAAAUCUUCGAUGAUUAUCCAUUGAUUUUUUUCUGCUUCUAUCUCCCUCAACUACUGUUUCCUUCCACCUACUCGGAACAAAUUCCUGUUAAAAUACAGGCUACAAAGAUACAUAACACCUACAAAUACUGAAAAAGGUGAACCCAACCAGCUAAAUAUUAGCUGGUAAUAUGAAGACUCAGAGUUUCAGCAACAGGUAGACUAAGGUAGAACAGAUGGGAUCUGUUUGUAGGAUUGAAUUGGGUGGGUAUUGCAAUGGAAAGGAUUUUGCCUUUGAAACUGAGUUCUGAGGUUCCCUAGCCUGAAGCACUAGGGACAAGGCUAGAAAUAGUGGUUAAGGAAAUGAUGGUGGCUGCAGACACUAGCUUUAGUCUUCCUAACGUGCAAUUGGAAUGAAUAAAUGCUGUGUCAUUAAGGUGGUUGGUCAUUACUCUUUAACUGCAACUGAUUAAUUUGCCUUUUUUUGAUCUAACUACAUUAUCUCCUUGGCACACAAUUUUAAAAACAAUCAGUAGUAAUUUAAGUUGUUGUACUUUAUUUCUUUCUUUAAAUAUCUCCUCAGGCACCUGAAUCCACUGGACUUUUCAUUGGAAUUCUUUGAUCCAUUCUGCAACUAAUGAGACUGAUCAAAUCAUUAAGUUUAAUUAUUUAUUUGCAUUUUUAAAACAUUUUUUUGUAGAAAUUGAUGGGCAGAGCAGUUUUUUAAAAUAUAGUUACAAAAAAAAGUGGUUUGGGGAAAAGGAGAAAAUUCAAGUUUCAGAUCUACCAUAAAUCCAAAAGUGAAAUCCACAUUGUACCAGUUGUUUUUUUUUUUCUGGAUUUUAAAAUGUUCUUUCUCCUAAUUGCCUUAAUUUCAAUAGCAAAGCAUAAGAUUUUCUUUUGAAGACUGAUUUAUUAGUUAUUUUUCAUCAUUUAAAUAUUGGUACCUUAGGGAAUUGCAUCACAUCACUCUGCUGACUAGUAUGCAGAAGCAGGGGAAGGACACAAAUCUGUGUCUCACUGAUAAUUUCACAGAAAUUUCUCUUCUAAACUUCUCAUGCUGUAAAAUCUAUUUCCUACAAUUUAAAUAGACCAUUGCUAUUGUAAAUUUCUCUGCCUACGUUCAUUUGAAGCAAAAGGAUAGUGAAUCUGAAUCAAGCAACCAAUUAGAAUGUUCUCCGCAGAAAUUUGCGAGUCUUUGGUGACAUACCAAUUCUCCUCAAACUCCUAAGGAAAUACAGCCACUGUUGCCGCCUUUGUAAUUGCAUCAAUAUGUUGGGCCCAGGAUAAAUCCUCAGAGAUAUUGACACCCAGGAACUUGAAACUGCUCAUCCGUUCCACUUCUGAUCCCUCGGUGAAGAUUGGUGUGUGUCCUCUCAGCUUCCCCUUCCUAAGUCCACAAUCAAUUCCUUGGUCUUACCAACGUUAAGUACAAGGUUGUUGCUGUGACACCAGUCAAUGCAGUUGAUCUAUCUCGCUCCUGUACGCCUCCUCAUUGCCAUCUGAAAUUCUGCAAACAAUAAUUGUGUUGUUGGUAAAUUAAUAGAUGGUGUUUGAAUUGUGCCUCAUUGCACCGUGGUAGGUGUUGAGUAGGGAAGUGGAAUAAGCACAUAUCCUUGAGGUGCACCUGUGUUGAUUAGCAGUGAGGAGGAGAUUUUAGUUCCGAUGUUUGACUUUAGGCUGUGUAAUAACUUGCAUCUUCACAACCUGGUCCAUAUAUUCCUUGCUCUGUUCCAUGUCUAUCACCACGUAGAGUUUUAAAAACAGGAUUAUAGUAAAAUUUAAGCUGUGUGUAAAAUCUUGUAGAAAGUUUCUAUUUUGGCUCUAAACUUAAUCCUGCUAGCUGUCAUCUUACUAGGCAUCAUCUGCUUAGACAGUGGCCUGAAUUUUAUUGAGAGGCUGUAAUACAAUCCUCAGAGUUUUUAAUUUGUCUACAAAUUGGUAGCUUAAAUAGUAAACAAUUCCAGUAGAAUAUUGGGAGCAAAGAACUGUGAAGUCACCUUAAUUAUUUCAUAAUGCAUAAAAUGUUAUCUGGUUUUUGCAUAAAUAAGCAAUAAAUCCAUGUUUAGUGACGCUGUGUGCUUUAACAUAAUGCAUCAAGGUUCUGUUUUCUGAGUGCCUUGUUGAAUUUUAGUAUAACUAGACAGCAUGCAUAUUGGAGCUUGACGAUUACAUUUAUUUAAGGAGCAAUCACUGAAGAUGUAUUUACAAGGUCCAAUUAUGUCUGGAUCCUCAAAAUAUAAUUAACUUAGGCAAAACUCUACCCUGUUAUUUAAAUAUGUAGCUGACAUGCUAAAUAUUUCAUUGUGCUAUGAUAUGAUCUGUUUCAUUUGCGGAACUCGAGUCAGUGAGGCUUAACUGAGCAUUAUUUUUCCUGUAAACCAUUGGUUCAGUCUUUAAGUACAAAGUUGUCAUACAGUUUUGAGAGAAGCUUAUGAUAACCCAUUUUGUACAGAUGCUUUUCUCGUUGAUAGUGAUAGCACAUCAAAAUAAUAACUUUAUUACAGAGCACAACUCAUGCAGAUGAUGUAGUUCAAAGUGCUUUACAUUGGGAUAAAGUACAAACAUAAAAAUAAAAAAUAAAAAUAAACAUGAAAAUAAAAGACAAUGAUGUUGGCUAAGAGCAAGGUUAAAUAAAUAGAUCUUGACCUGACAUGUAAAAGUGUAAACUGAGUUUGCAUCCCUUGUAGUUUUAGAUAUUGAAUUCCACAGUUUAGGGCUGUAGUUCAAAAAGACUGACCUGCCAGUUAUCUUUUGAGGGAGAUUGUUUAAAUUUAAGAGACUGGCAGAAAAAGACCUGAGAGCUCGAGUAGGAUUAUAAAAUGAAAACGACUGUGAUGUAAAAAGUGCAUUUUUGAUAGCAAGUUUUGUACUGGGAGCAAUGAUUUUACACCCCACUUCAGAUACUGACAAGUCUUCUACAAGUUAUAACUAAUAUCCCCAUCUAUUGCCUGAAGCAAAGUUACUCUUGCAAUGCCCUCCCCCAUUCUCUCUGUUCUUAUUGAAGUUGAUCUGUUUGGUAAAGGUGAUGGAUGGCUUGUACAGAAAAUUUGUAUCUGGAAAAUUUGGCUGAUAGUACUUCUGAUGUCAUUUGGGUAUGCCACACAGUUUAAAGUGUUUUUUGGAGAACAUGGGAUGGAUUUAAAAGUUAUAGUAGGGAAGAGCUGUUAUCAACCACAUGAAAAGUGAUGCAGGGCUGAUAUCCUCAUUUUCAGAAGUGCCCAAAACAAAAACGCGGCCAAGGUAGAGUGAGGCAGAAGACAAGAAAAAACUGUUGCUUUUAUUGGAGCAAGUUCUAACCUAAUGUCUGAGAAGUGAAUCUUAAUGUGAGAAUGAGGAAUCUGAAAAGGGGACCCACAUGAUCUGAUCAUUGGUUUAAUUUGUAUAGUUUGGGCUAGUUUUCUGAAUUCUGAUUUUUUUGCCCUAAAAUUUGAAUUGCAUUCUAAUUCGAUGUGUGUUACGUGAUGUAAAAUGGUUGUUAUUAUUUCAAGAUAAUGAAGGAAACUAGUUGAUCCAGACAUUUAUAGGCAUUAAAAUCUGAAGGACCUAAUCUUGAACUUUAAGGGGCCUGAAAUGAUGUAAAUAAUACAAAUAUUUCCUGAUUUACUUGACAACUCUGUGAUAUAGAUACCCACUUUUACCUCUACUCCAUUACAUUCAAAGCUACGAUUUAAAUUGCUAUUGGUUAAAAAUGUCACAGCAUCUGUUUCAUCCACCUUUUAUUCUUAAGUUUUGAUUUUUUUAAAUUUAUAGGUAUUCAUGAGUAUAUUUCAAUCUUAUUAACCUUCUGUGCAAUGAUACACUUGGGUAAGCUGUCAUUUAACUAGUAUCAAACUGUAAAUCAAUUGGUAUUAGUCUUAGAUAGUUAAAACAGUCUCACAAUAGACCCAUGUUACCAUUUGGUUAAUGUAGAAGGAUUGUGCUUGUGUGCAAAACUUAAGGAAUUGCAUAGUUUUGAGACAGUUGUUCAGAGCUGAAGGGUGUAAAACGUGGCUGAUUUGGAAUAAAAUCCAAUCUAUUCUAAAUGCUGUAACCAGUUGAAUUGCAGAUAUUGAACCUUGUGUGCUGUUGAAUCUUUGAUAAUAGUUAAAGGGAAUCAAGAGGCAAUAUCUUUAAGAUAUUCCUUUCUGUCUCCACCCCCUUGUAAAAUAGGUCAAAGCGAAUGGUACAUAUAAUCAGUCACAUACUAGAGGUUCAAUUAAUAUUAAUCAGAAAUUUAUCUAAAACAUUGUUUAUUAUUCACACCUUGUAAAGAUAAAUGUUUCAGGAUGUAGUUAAAUAUUUAAAGAAUUUCCCAUGUUGCUCAAGCAUCAUACAUUUAAGACUUCCUGAAACACCUUGAACUGAAUGGGCACUUGAGUAAUCUUCUGUAUGCAGAGUUAAAUCUGGAAGCAUUGGGCUUGAUGAUUGUUUUAUGAUAUCAUUCAAAGUCCGAAUCCAAACAGGAACCAUGACAGAUAUAUCCAAGGUUUUGAGUGCCAGGAUUUGCCUUUUUGAACAAAGUAUUGCCUUCACCUAAAAGUUAAAUCUGAUGAAUUAAUUAGAAGUUAUCAAAGUUAAAACAGGCUUUUGAUUUCAGGAUUGUAUUCUUACCUUUAAAAUAAUAACUCUGGAUUAACUCAGUUCGAUAUUCUGACAUCUCAGCUAUGUCUUGGAAAUCAAGUUGAUAAAGUAAUGGAUAUUUUAAAAAAUAUUAUAGUUACUUUAUUGCAUUCAUUUGAUAAGUUGCUGUCUUGAUGUGAAAUAAGAACUGAGGCCUGGAUGAAACCAAUAAUAUACCAACUUCAGUAUGUUAUGAGUUGCCAAGUUCACUCAUUCCUUGGCAACACCUUAUUGUUGCCAUGGAACAUUUUCUGUAGAGUGUAUUUUUAUGGGUUCCCUGAAGUCCAACCUGACUCAGGGCAAACUUGAAUAAUUGCACCAAGAUGUCAAGUUUUACCCAGAAUUAAAUUGUGUGGCUCCCUUAACAGCUUACCGAGUUUCUUUUGGAAAGACUUCAGCUCAGGAAAAUAACACUCUUUGUAGCAAGUUUCAGGUACUGUGCAACAUCAGCUUAUUGGUUAACUAAAGCAAUUACUGAGAUAGGCAGUCAUAAGCCACGUGAAAUUAUCAACCCGGAGCAUGAAUGAAUUGGCCACUAUGCUAUGAGGAAAAUGAAGAUGUAAUAAACAAAUAUUCUACUAUGUAUUAAAAAAAACUUGCAUUUGGAAUCUCUGCAAUACUUAAUUUCACUGCAAUUCACUAACUUGAAAUGAGUGUACUGCGUAAAGGUGCUGUUUAAAUAACCUGGUUUAACACUGAACAUUUGUACAGAAAUUGAUUAAAUGAGUUGUAGAUUAUUGUUUUAACAUUUAUUUAGAUACAGUUGUAAAUAAAUUUUAAAAUGUUUUUGCCCAACUGAAGUUAGAGAGUACAUGUGUUCUAUGAUUCAUUGCCUUGCUGCACAAGCCUGGUUGUUUUGUGUAUAUAUUUUUUUUAUUAUCGUGAGGUGUCUUGCUCUUAAAAGCUAUGUUUUAUUUUCCUUCACAAAAUUUCUUACAAAGGCCAAAACUUGUACUGGUAGCAUUCCCAUUUAGUUACAGUUUGUUGUGUUACCUGUUGCCUUAUCUGAUCUUUGUUGUCUCUUACAAGAUGCAUUGUAUUUCUGAUGUGCUUAAUAAAAUGAA